AUGGCGAGCCACGACGCGGCGUUCGAGGAGCGGGCGGGGGAGAUACUGUUCGGGUACCAGCCAUUCGCUACGCAGGACGCGCGGGUGUUCGAGCGGGCGGAGGAGUUCGCGGGGGCGGCGCUGCUGCGCCACGUCGUCUGGUCGAACGAUCCCGACACGGAGUCGACCUCCCACAUCAUCCCGAACAAGCAGUGCACCGGGAAGGACUUCGUGGUGCCGGUGGCGCACCUCCUGUUCGUCGAGCUCUUCCUGCGCUACGACUCCUUCGAGGUUAUUUUUAGUAUACUGUGGCGUUCAGUAUCUAAGAAACCACUAAUGGUGAAGGUUACAGUAUAA